AGAAAAUCUGUUCAUCACUUUAAUACUUAUAUUGCCUACUACUCCCAUUACCAUUUUCUCAAAGAGUGAGAAAAUCCUUAACCCUAAAAGAAACAAGAAAAAAAUGUCUGGUUCAACUAUGAAGAUCUCCGCCGUCUGUAUGGUAGCUCUAAUGGCGUUUCUUAUAGUUCCUCAAAAAGGAACAGAAGCCCAAAUCCCACCAUGUGCAGCCAAGCUAGCAACUUGUGCUAGCUUUCUCAAUGCUACAAAACCACCUUCUUCCUGUUGUGGACCUCUAAAAGAUGCUUUGACCAACGAUUUCGUUUGCUUAUGCAAUCUCUUUAACACCCCUGGUUUGUUGACUAGUUUUGGAAUCAAUGUUUCAGAGAUUGUAACUCUUCCGGCUAGAUGUAAGAUUCAUGGCGCAGAUAUCAGUGCCUGCUCUAAAGUUCAUGCACCAGCUUCUUCCCCUGCACCUACACCUGCUUCUUCUCCAUCGAAUCUGCCUCCUUCAACUCCAGGUGCAGCUAAAGGGGAAGGGAAUUCUCUGAAGGGGACUUGGAUUGGAGCAAUUUGUAGUAUGAUCUUGUUCUUGAUCUCUGUUAUGUUAAAUUGAGUAGUGGAAAUGAGGAUCAUAACAUCCUAAUCCUAAACUUGAGGUUUUGUCUUCUUUUGUUUAUGAAUUUCGGAUUUGUGGCUGUUAUUAGGGUUACUUUGCUUGGUUGAUCAGUAUCAUACUAUCUAUCUAUUAAAAGGGUUUAAGAUGAAUUGAAAUGAUGAUAUUUGAAGCUUAAUCCUUUUCAA